UAGGUUUUUUAUCUACCAUUAAAAUUAAUUACUGUAUUGAGUUUUAUUAAGAUUUCAAAUUUUCAAUGAAUUAUUGCGUAUUUUUAAUGAUGGUGAUACAUUUUACGAUAUGUUAUGAAAAAAUUUUAAUUAUUUAAUUCACAUUUUCUUUUUGCGGCUACAAUAAUGUUUCUUUUUCACUUUUGUAUGUUAAUUAUUUCUAAUAUUUCAUAACUUAUAUACUGGGAAAUAGAGACAUAGACUAUUAUGCUUUAUAAAUUUUAAGUUAGUUUUAAAAUUGUCAUCUUAGCUUAUAAAUUAAGUUAAUUUAAAAAAUGACAUCCUCUGAAGAUGUUCUGCUUCAAGUUGGGCCUGUUCGUCAUAAGAAAGGUGAUGGAACAUUGUAUGUAAUGAGUCAACAUGUUGCAUUUAUUCUAAAUUCUAGUGACACUGUUGCCAUCAGUCAUCAUUACAGAGAUAUCAAAAUGCAAAAAAUCUCUUCUGAAUUCAAGAAUAAAGUUCAAUUGCAAUUAGUAUUUCAUGAUGAAACUAUUUCAUUAUUUCAAUUUACUAACCCAGAAAGGAGUGAAGCAAUGAGGGAUAGAAAUAGAGUUAAAGAUUUAAUACUUAAGCUGUUGCCUAAGUAUCAAAAACAAGCAAAUAAAGAAUUUGGUGAAAAAAAUCGUAUACUUAGUGAUAAUCGCAUGUUGUAUCAACUGUAUCAAGAUCUAGUCAUAACUCAUGUUAUUUCAUCUGAAGAAUUUUGGUCACAACAUGUUCCUUACCAUUUAGCUACACAGUCUAAGAUAACAAGUCAAAAAACUGGAGUACCAAAUAAUUUUCUUACAAAUGUUACUGUAAAAAAUGAUGGCACAAAAAAAUUUAAUUUAUCAAAUGAGACAAUUCAGUAUAUCUUUAAAACUUACCCAGCUGUACGUCAGAAACAUAUUGAAUAUGUUCCUCAUCAAUUAACAGAAUCAGAAUUCUGGCAAAAGUUCCUAGAAUCACACUAUUUCCAUAAAGAUCGUAUAACUUCAGGAAGUACAAAAGAUUUAUUUAAUGAUUGUGCUAAAUUAGAUGAUAAUUUGUUUAAAAAUGAGAUUAAAGAUUUAUCAAAAACAAAUUCCAAUUGUUAUGUUGGAUUAAUUGAAGACGAUGGCAUAGAUGAUAAUAUUAAUUCUACUUUAGAAGAAAAAUCUUCAAUGGCUAAUCUUGUUCAUGACAACAUAAUUAAAAGAUUUAAUCAACAUUCUAUGAUGGUUCUUAAAACUUGUGAAAAAUCUAAUACUAACUCAAGUGAAUUAAAAGUCUCGCAAAAUAAUUCACAAAUAAAUGGUACAUCAGAGAUAGCACUUAAAAGAUUACGGAUUAAAGAAAAAAUUGGUUUUGAAGAUCUGAGACCGGAAAUUACUACAGAUGAUUUUAAUCAAAAACGAUUAAAACUUUCUAGAGUAGAGAGUUACGUAAAUUGUUUAACUAGAGAACAAAAAAAUGAAAAUAUUGUUGCUAAGCUUUCUCAAGCUAGAGAUAUACAAAAAACUAUUUUGUAUGAUGUUUAUGAUUGGAGUAAAACUAUAUCAAAUCAGGUAAUUGAACCAUCUGUAGCUGUUAAUACACUUGGUUUACUUACUCCUGGAGGAAGUUUAAUGAAAGGAAUUAGUGAUGAGUCUGCUUCAUUAGCACAAUUAGUACCAAAUGCUGUAGAAAAAGAUUUACGCCAAUUAUAUAUAUCAUUAAGUGAACUUUUACGACAUUUUUGGUCUUGUUUUCCAGUGACUACACCUGCACUAGAAGAAAAAUUAAUAAAAACCCAUGAAUCAUUACAUAAAUUUCAAAAUGCUAAAAUAAAACCUUUUGAAGAUCAAAUUAUAAUCAAUCAUGGUCAAUUAAAUCAACUAACGAAUCAUUUAAAUUUAAUGCUUCAUACUGCUUAUAAUAAAUUUUCUGUGUGGCAUUCUAGAAGAAAAUUACCAAACAUUUUUUGACAUGUGGUUAUAUUACUUGUAUAUCUUAAUCAUAAAUUUUGAAAGUUACAAUGAAACUUUGAAGUUAUUAAAUCCUGUAAAAUUUGAGUAUUUGUUUUUUACCAUUUUCAACUUGUACCAUUUAUUUAAAUAAUUUAACAAAAAAAUAAAUGUUAAUGGCCCAUAGCAUAUUUUUUCAGAGUAUUGUAAUAAAAGAGGGUUAAUAAACGUUAGUUACAUUAUAAACUGAAGCUUUAUUAUUAUCAAUCAGUUGUGUAGUAACUUUUUUUUCAAUAAAAACAUAUUUUCGAAUUCUUAUGAAAUAUUAUUC